AUGUCCACUUCAAAUAAGCCGACCAUUGCUGUUUUUGGCGCGACAGGAGGAUGCGUUGGGGAAACGCUGAGGUUGUCUUUGACCCAAGGCUACAAAUCUAGAGCCUUGGUCCGUUCAUCAUCGAAGCUACAGAAGUUGCUUCUAGCAAAGGGUGUCGGCCAAAAAGUCAUUGACACAAACCUCUCUAUCAUUGAAGGGAACGUCAAAGAUGUAAAUGCUGUGCGAGAGACACUUCAGGCAAAUGAUGGUAUCGUCGAUGUCAUCAUUUCCGGCGUGGGCGGCAUUCCUAAAUUCACGCCGAAUCCUCUGCGGCCAACGCUUGACGAUCCUCACAUUUGCGAGGAUGCCAUGAACAAGAUUCUCGAGGCAAUUUCAACUAUUUUGACGAAAAACCCUAGCCUACGGAAGCCUCUCCUUGCAGCCAUCAGCACUACAGGUACCACUGAUUUUCGGCGAGAUGUACCCGUCCUGAUGCUACCUCUUUAUCAUUGGCUUUUGCCGAUUCCUCACGCCGACAAGAGGGCGAUGGAGGAUGCGAUGGUGAAGGCGUCAAGCGGAGACAAUGCCCCGCUUGGAGGAUUUGUUGUUGUACGGGCGUCACUGCUGACGGACGGUGCUUCAAAAGGCACGCAACAGAUCAGGGUCGGAUGGGAAUUACCCGACGGUUCGGGAGAGGGUCCAGCCAUUGGAUAUACCAUCUCACGCUCUGACGUGGGGGGUUGGUUGUUUGAGAAGCUCGUUGCAACGGAACAUAGAGAUGAAUGGGCUGGGAAAUUGGUUACGCUUACUUACUGA